AUGGAGGACCUUACAUUCAUCGAUCAGCUCGCCGGGGAUUGUGGCGCGAGCAAUGCUACCUUGAAAACCGUCGACCCUGAAGGCCGUGUUUCUCUGAUUUCAGACUGCGUCAGCCCAUAUCGAUUGCUCGACAACUGUCCACUGCUGUAUCAUGCAUUCGAGCAUGGAUCACAGAGCCGUCUCCAAGCAAGCAUCGAAGCCCCAUCCCGGGUAGCUGCCAUCGCGCUCCUCCGAUACUGCUAUACAGGCAGCUAUCUGCCUCCCUGUGCUUGCGCUGAGGAUGCACCGAUUCUACUACUCUUGCACGCGCAUGUUUACAAAAUGGCAGAAGACUACGAUGUGCCUGAGCUUCAGCUUCUUGCACACGGCAACUUCUCCGUCCAGGUCGAGUGCGCCUGUAGCCUGCCUUUGCCUCCACAAGACCUGCUCGAGACUAUCCGCUACGUCUAUGCCAACUUCGCAAGCCCGCAAGCACGCCAGCAGCAAGGUUUGAUCCAUACUCUACUGAACUACUGCAUCUCCGUCUUCCUAUACCAUCAGCUUGGUGAGAGUAUGGAAUUCCUUCAAGUUGUUCAGCAGAUCCCGGAGCUCCGUCAAGACUUGUGUCGCACCAACAUGGACCGGAACUUCCAAGAUGACUGCUUCGUUACAGAGUCUGCAAGCGAAGAUGAGGGCUUCUCUAUCAUUCGCCAGCCCAAGCCGCCCGUCAACCCCUCCAUGGACGAGCCUAUGUCUAGCCCUGAGAUCAUACCGGCGAAACCAAUCGAUGUUCUGGCAGCCACUGGCAGCAACUAUCCUGACGACGAUGACUGGACUAUGCUCUGA